AUGGCACCACUGCUAUUCCUGGGGCUUCUCUGGCUGAGUCGCUGCGGGGCCUUGCGCAGUUCUGUCCAGUCCCGGCUCGAGGCAAGCUGUGGAACCGCACGUUUGCAGACCGCGGCUAAGGUGAUUGGGAUCGAGGUCGACGGAUCCUUUGAUGUCGGCCAGCUGGCCGAGGCAGUGAACCAGCCCAGGAAUGAUCUCUGGGAUCUGAUGCAGAAGAUGGACCUCCGAGAGCGGAACUCCCUGGUCGACUUCUGCAGGGCAGCGAUGGCUUCCAUGCGCCACAUCCUGGGCCAAGAGGCUCCCUUGCCUGACAUGGCAUGCCUUGACCACGGGUGCCACAAGGAGGUGAGUAUUUCUUUCGAUGACUUGGCGAAACUCCCCCUUGUGCCACCACCGCCAGAACUGGAUUACAUCAAGGACCCGCAAGGAGCCGAGGUGGUAAAAGCAAGGAAGCUUCAGAAGCCGGAGAUAUCAGGAAUGUCAGAGGCAGUGCGAAGGUCAAAGAAGUCUACUGAGGACUUGUUGCGACAUGUUACCCAACGUCUCUUUCAAGUUAUUCUCCUUCCUUCGAUCUCAGACAUGGAAGAAGACUCCAAUACCUCUGUCUUGCAGACCUAUGCCGAUCCCAAAUUCGCUUCGGACGGCUAUGAGGUCAGGGAGAAGAACAAGGAGAAUUUCCUGGAAGGCGCCGGAGUGGCCACGAAGUACCUGGAAGUCGCCACGAAUUUCUUCCAAUCCCAUGGUCUCUUCCCAGGGAGGGUGGAUGUCAUCUUCAGGCAAUGGUUCAAGUCUGAUACUGUGCCAGUGAAAAGAAUGGUAGCAGAUCACCUGGGCAAUAUCCUGGAAGUAUUGCAGAACCUGCGGGUACACGGAGAUAGCAUCGGUGAAUCUAUUGAGUGCAACGAGAGCUCUGCCGCUUAUGUGUCCACCUACUGUGACUUCAACGUCAGUGCUUUGCCAAGCGUCUCGGAAGAUCCCUGUGGAGAGCGUUACCCGAAGCCCUUCGAAGUCGCUGGUCGCUAUGUGGUUCAUGUUUGUCCACCAACUUGGAAGCAGAACGUCAUCUUUCAUGCGGGCAACUUAGUCCAUGAGUCAUCGCACCACUUUGGAACCGUGGACUUCGCGUACGGUAUGACGGGCUGCAUGGCUCUGGACCAAAGCAAAGCCCUCUCCAACGCGGACACGUACAUCUAUUUCGUUCAGCACCUCUAUGCCAUGAUCCGGGAUGAGGCAUGGACCAGCUAUCGGGGCCUGACCUCGGGCGACCGUGGUGUGCACGAAUCGAAAUAUGCCCUUCCAGAGAAGAAGCCGCAACCUGCGCCGGACCUUAGCUGGCGUGACUACUUGGACAUCUUCGUGAGAUAG